GGUUGCUUCCUCUCCCUUUCUUUUCCAUUUCCUCCUCUCCUCUUCCCCCCUUUGGCUUGGGGCUUGGCUUGGCGCCUCCUCCAAUCGAGCAGGUUUCCCCAAAUCUUAGGGUUAGGGUUUCGUCUAUUCGUUGCCUUCCUCGCCGGAUUAGCGCGUCCAGGGAGGGUGAGCGGGGUGUGCUUGGUCGCGUCGCGUCGUGCCGUGCCGUGCCGCGCGUGGGAUGAUGGGCACCGCCGUGGAGCUCGGCCGGAGGCACGGCGGCGACCACCGCUUCUACGACGCAUCCAGGGUCCGGCGAGGGUACCACCACCACGGGCUCCCCAAGGCGAGGUGGGCCCCCGCCGUCCACCAGGAGAAGGCGGCCGAGGAGCCGUCCCCGUCGCCGGCGAGGGCGCCGGUCCCGCCCCCCGGCGUCGCGGGCAACCUUGAGCGGUUCGUGGCCGCCGUGACGCCGUUCGUGCCUGCUCAGUUCCCCUCCAAGAUGCAGAGAGCCGCGAGGGGGUGGCGGGGCUGCGGCGUGGAUGCCGAGCGGGAGGAGGCCCCGCACUUCUUCCUCAGAGACGUGUGGGAGGCGUACAGGGAGUGGAGUGCGUACGGUGCCGGUGUGCCGCUUGUCCUCGAUGGCUGCGACGGGGUCGUGCAGUAUUACGUGCCGUACUUGUCCGCCAUCCAGCUCUAUGGAGACCCCGCAGUCCUGCGACUGUCUUCUGGCCCUAGACAUAUAAUGGAUGACAGUGAUGGGGAGUAUCAUGAUUCCAGCAGUGAUGCAAGUAGUGAUUAUGAACUUGGAAGAGUAAAACAUCUAACUCAGGAAGGCUUCUCAAGUGAUGAUGGUGAAUCAGGAGAUUUGCAUGGCCGCUUGCUCUUUCAAUACCUUGAGUUUGAUUCUCCAUUUUGUCGUGAACCAUUGACUGAUAAGAUUUCCAGUCUUUCAGCAAGAUUUCCAGGACUGAGGACCCUUAGAAGCUGUGAUUUAUCACCGCGAAGUUGGAUAUCUGUUGCUUGGUAUCCAAUUUACCGUAUCCCUACUGGCCCAACAUUAAAAGAUUUGGAUGCAUGCUUUCUCACCUUCCAUCGGCUAUCAACUGGGCCAGAAGAAGAUAACGGUGGUGCUGUAAAAUACUGGGGUCCUGGUAGCAAACCGACUAUACCACUAUCUGUUUUUGGUAUGGCUUCUUACAAGUUCAGCAAUUCAAUAUGGUCUUCGACUGAUGGAGAUCGGCAGCUGGCAAGCUUCUUGCAGCAAGCUGCUUCUGACUGGCUGCGGGAUAGUCGUACCAGCCAUCCAGACUACCAGUUUUUUGCUUCCCGUGGUGCAUACAACAGGUAGUGGCACGGAGUCUACGCCUUGGCAGAAUUUGCAGCAGAAUGUCUGGAAGGUUUCAGCUGUAAAUACACCGAAGGGGGAGGUGAAUGGCUGAUAGCUUUCACACAUGCAUGCGGAGAGACGGUGUGAGCUCCCAUAGUAGGAUGCAAGCAGUGUUCUGCUUUGUAAAUGGCGGUAAUAGGGGAGGGUUUGAUCGGCUGUGUUUUUAUGCUUAAUAGUCGGUGAUCCUCCUGAGGGAAGUUGAGAUGAAAAGUGAAAAAAAAAGCAAAAAAGGACUGAAGAAAAAGGCAGUAAAAAGAUUAGCUGUGCUUGUUUGUUGAGCUAUGCAUGCAUGUCGGGUUGUUGGACUUGUUGAGGCUACUUAUGUAAUCCUACGAAUACGGGGGAUGAGUUUUGAUGAUAUUCCCCUUAAUGUCUGUAAACACUUGUGAAGAGCCUGUCUGACACUACAGACUGUUGUGUUUGAAGGGAACUUGUAGUUAGCAAAUUAGAGUCAUCCGCAUCGUUUGUUCUAUAGAAUAUAAUGUUGAUACUAAUCAUGUCUAGACUUGCAAUGCACAAAUUAAGAGCUGCUGAUGCGUGUAAACAGUCUGAUGUUCAUUAGUCAAAUUACCUUAAAAAUGCCGGUGUCCAAACUUCUCUUACAAGUGCA